AGACAACCUCUGGAUAUGACGCUGAGCACAUGCACACAACUUCUUUGGUCGACCAUGGCAAGGCCUGUUCUGAGUAGAACCUGUCUUGUUAAACCGCUUAUUAGGCUAAAGAUGUUGAUUAAGUCGUAAAGGGGUGUAGUAUUACGUAUUUACUUUACUAGGGGAGAUAAUAGGGGAGGGUUUUCCACGUCUCUGAUUCACACUCCAGUCCAGUAGGGGGCGGUAAUGUACAUUAAAAGUAAUAUACAAUUUGAAAUCCACAGAGGUAGAAGAACAACUGGCACGAGUGCAUUAUCUUGGAGAUGUUGGUUUAGUUUUCAAGACAUCAGGAAUAUUUGGUGAAAUACGAACAGAAAUCAGAGUAGCUAAAAUUCACAGGGAGGACAAUACCAGCCUGCUGCUCUCCUUCCACACUGAGAUCAAACAAGAGUCACUGGAUUCUGGUUGUGACAGUGGAGCUUAAUGUUUAUUGGUGGAUUCAGAGAUGACAUCAAUGAAGCAGGAAGACUGCAGUCAAACAGUGGGACGGAAUGGUACCGUUAAAGAUGUGGAGAAGGAUGGAGUUAUCAUUACAAAUGGAGGGGUGGAUUUUCUUGUUCAAGAUGGGAUUCCUGAAGUGGAGACCGUAGGAAAGAAACAACAGGAAGACUACAGUCUUAAGAAGUCCCACCACUGCCCCCACUGUGAAAAACGUUUCUUAUUUCUGUCACUGUUAAAAAGACACAUUAACAUGCACACAGGUGAGAAGCCUUACUCUUGUUCUGACUGUGGGAAGAGUUUCUCUCAAUUUGGUGGUCUUAAAGCUCACCAGCGCAUACAUACUGGUGUGAAACCUUACUCCUGUUCUGACUGUGGGACGUGUUUCAUUACAUCCUCUCAACUUACUGUUCAUCAGAAAGAGCGCACAGGUGAGAAGCCGUACUCCUGUUCUGACUCCGGGAAGUGUUUUAUUAGAUCCUCUGAACUUACUACUCAUCAAAGAGUGUACACAGGUGGGAAGCUGUACUCCUGUUCAGACUGUGGGAAGAGUUUUAAUACAUUAUAUGGACUUGGUAGUCAUCAGAGAGUACACACAGGUGAGAAGCCUUUCUCUUGUUCUGUCUGUGGGAAGAAUUUCUCUCAGUUAGGCGGUCUUCAAGCUCACCAGCGCACACAUACUGGAGAGAAACCUUACUCCUGUUCUGAUUGUGGGAAGUCUUUUGUUACGUCUUCUCAACUUACAGUUCAUAAGAGAGUGCACACAGGUGAGAAGCCCUACUCCUGUUCUGACUGCGGGAAGUGUUUUAUUAGAUCCUCUGAACUUACUACUCAUCAGAGAAUGCACACAGGUGUGAAACCGUACUCCUGUUCUGAUUGCGGGAAGCGUUUUAUUAGAUCCUCUCAACUUACCAUUCAUCAGAGAGUGCACACGGGUGAGAAGCCUUACUCUUGUUCUGACUGUGGGAAGUGUUUCAGUACAUCGUCUCAAGUUAAUAGACAUCAGAGAGUGCAUACAGGAGAGAAGCCUUUUUCCUGUUCCCACUGUGGGAAUAUUUUCUCUCUAUUAGAUAGCCUUAAAACUCACCAGCGCAUUCAUACUGGAGAGAAGCCUUACUCCUGUUCUGACUGUGGGAAGGGUUUCGUUACAUCGUCUCAACUUAGUAGACAUCAGAGAGUGCAUACAGGAGAAAAGCCUUUCUUCUGUUCUUACUGUGGGAAGAGUUUCUCUCUAUUAAGUAGCCUUAAAGCUCACCAGCGUAUUCAUACUGGAAAGAAGCCUUACACCUGUUCUGACUGUGGGAAGUGUUUCGUUACAUCGUCUAAACUUAAAAGACAUCAGAGAGUGCAUACUGGAGAGAAGCCUUUCUCCUGUUCUUACUGUGGGAAGAGUUUCCCUCAAUUAACUGUUCUUAAAGCUCACCAGCGCAUACAUACUGUUGAGGUGCCAUACUCCUCUUCUGACUGUGGAAAGAGAUUAUCUUAAUUAGGUCACCUUUAAGCUCACCAGCAUAUUCAUAUUGGAAAGAAGCCUUACACCUGUUCUGACUGUGGGAAGUGUUUCGUUAAAUCAUCUAAACUUAAAAGAUAUCAAUCAGUCAAUCAAUGAAAUGUAUUUAUAAAGCCCUUUUUACAACAGCAGUUACAGUUAGAGACAC